GUAUCCCACGCAUGCGCGGUACACCGAGGCGUGUGAAACCGGGUGCUGCGCUGACAGGGCCGCAGCCAUCCUUGGUUAGAGUGGGGUUCGAACCGGGACUUUUCGCCUUCGUGGCCCGCGUGCAUUCCAGCCUUGUCCUGUGCUGCUGCAGCAGCUGCCGCCAGCAUGUUCCUCACUCGUUCUGAGUAUGACAGGGGUGUGAAUACCUUUUCUCCAGAGGGAAGAUUAUUCCAAGUGGAGUAUGCCAUUGAAGCUAUAAAGCUUGGUUCCACAGCAAUUGGAAUUCAGACAUCAGAAGGAGUUUGCUUGGCUGUGGAGAAGAGGAUCACCUCCCCGCUCAUGGAGCCCAGCAGUAUUGAAAAAAUCGUAGAAAUAGAUUCUCACAUAGGUUGUGCAAUGAGUGGUUUAAUAGCUGAUGCAAAGACACUAAUUGACAAAGCAAGAGUUGAGACGCAGAACCACUGGUUUACAUACAAUGAAAUCAUGACUGUGGAGAGUGUGACUCAGGCAGUGUCCAAUUUAGCAUUACAGUUUGGAGAAGAAGAUGCUGAUCCAGGAGCUAUGUCAAGGCCGUUUGGUGUGGCACUACUUUUUGGUGGCGUUGAUGAAAAGGGACCUCAGCUGUUUCACAUGGACCCUUCUGGGACAUUUGUACAGUGUGAUGCAAGAGCAAUUGGAUCAGCUUCAGAAGGUGCACAGAGCUCCCUGCAAGAAGUUUAUCACAAGUCCAUGACACUGAAAGAAGCAAUCAAGUCAUCACUUAUCAUUCUAAAACAAGUUAUGGAAGAAAAACUGAAUGCAACUAACAUUGAGCUUGCAACAGUGGAGCCUGGGAUGAAGUUCCAUAUGUACACGAAAGAGGAACUUGAGGAUGUCAUUAAGGAUAUUUGAUGAGCGGGAGGACCUCUCCUGAUCACAGCAAACUGACUCUUCGGUUUUUUCCAGUGCCCGUAACUUUAUUUCAGCAGCACGUAUGCCUGCUCUUAAACAGAGGCUCGAAAGGUUUUUUUUACAGUUUCUGUACAUAAAAAAGAUCUUCAGAAAGAGGAAACUAGAAUAAAUCAUUUUGUUACUCUAA